GAGUGAUGGGGAGUUCUGAGGCACGAGUGAAGGGGGUUUCUGGGGGUCAUUGAUGUGGCGUGUUGUGGGGUAAGUGAUAGGGGACCGACAGGUCAGUGAAGGAGGGUUUUGAGGAAAUGUAACCAGUAAUCUCAAUGGUGGGCAAAGUUAUGGGGCUAGUCAGGGUUGAAUGGAGCUUAUUAAACGUUGACUUUUACACAUUUUCCAGCACUGUGAUCUUCGCUAAGGGUUCAUAGCACCCCUCAGGCCCCUCCUUAGGCGUGCCCCAUCUCUCCCUCUGCCCUUCUCCCCUUGCCCAAGCCCCGAGGUAGGGGCCUGGUGUGAAUGCUCCAGCUGAAGUGAAUCUGCACCUGAAAGCUUCCUUCCGGCUCCUAGGCAAGACGGCCCCAGUGAGCUCAGACUUCACACAUCUCUGCCUUUUCCCAAGAAGAGCAGGAAAUGGCCGAACCCCAGGAAUGUGCAAUUACAGGGACUUGUGACAUUUGAGGAUGUGGCUGUGGAUUUCACCCAGGAGGAGUGGCAGUACCUGAACCCUCCACAGAGGAACCUGUACAGAGAUGUGAUGCUGGAGACCUAUAGCAACCUGGUCUCUGUGGCAGGGCAGCAGGCUACCAAACCAGACCUCAUUCUCAAAUUGGAGGUAGAAGAGCCAUGCCUGGCAGAAGGAAAAAUCCCAAUUUGGAGCUUUCCAGAAGAAGCCUGCCAAGUUGAUGAACAGAUUGAGAGACAGAACCAUGACGAUAGAGAUAAAUGUUUGUUGAUACAAGUUGGAUUCCCUGACAAGAAAACAAUCACCACCAAGAGUGGCCAUGACUAUAAUGAAUUUGGAAACACACUUCAUCUGAGUACAAACCUUGUUGCUUCAAUACAAAAACCUCAUAAACAUGAGUCAUUUGGAAAUAAUAUGGUAGAUAAUUUAGACUUAUUUAGUAGAAGCUCUGUAGAAAAGAAACAUGAUAAUACAAAAUUAUUAUUCCAUACUGAGUAUGAGAAAACAACUCCUGGAGUGAAAACCUAUGGAUAUAAAGAGUGUGGGAAGGCCCUCAGGCGAAAGAAAGGUCUUAGUCUACAUCAGAGAAUUAAAAAUGGAGAGAAACCCUUUGAAUGUACUGCAUGUAGGAAAACCUUCAGCAAGAAAUCACAUCUCAUUGUACACUGGAGAACUCAUACAGGAGAGAAACCCUUUGGAUGUACUGAAUGUGGAAAAGCCUUUAGCCAAAAAUCUCAGCUCAUUAUACACCUGAGAACUCAUACAGGAGAGCGACCCUUUGAGUGUCCAGAAUGUGGGAAAGCCUUCAGAGAAAAGUCAACUGUCAUCAUACAUUACAGGACUCAUACAGGAGAGAAACCUUAUGAAUGCAAUGAAUGUGGAAAAGCUUUCACUCAGAAGUCAAACCUCAUUGUCCAUCAGAAAACCCACACAGGAGAGAAAACUUAUGAAUGCACUAAAUGUGGGGAGUCUUUCAUACAGAAGCUUGAUCUAAUUAUACAUCAUAGUACUCAUACAGGAAAGAAACCCCAUGAAUGUAAUGAGUGUAAGAAAACUUUCAGUGAUAAGUCAACUCUCAUUAUACAUCAAAGAACUCACACGGGAGAGAAACCUCAUAAAUGUACUGAAUGUGGGAAGUCUUUCAAUGAGAAGUCAACCCUCAUUGUGCAUCAGAGAACUCACACAGGAGAGAAACCCUAUGAAUGUGAUGUGUGUGGGAAAACUUUCACCCAAAAGUCAAACCUUGGUGUACAUCAGAGAACUCAUUCAGGAGAGAAACCAUUUGAAUGUAAUGAAUGUGAGAAAGCAUUCUCUCAGAAAUCCUAUCUGAUGCUACACCAGAGAGGUCAUACAGGAGAGAAGCCCUAUGAAUGCAAUGAAUGUGAAAAGGCAUUUUCCCAGAAAUCGUAUCUUAUUAUACAUCAAAGAACUCAUACAGAAGAAAAACCCUAUAAAUGUAAUGAAUGUGGCAAAGCCUUCAGAGAAAAGUCAAAGCUCAUUAUACAUCAGAGAAUUCACACAGGAGAGAAACCCUAUGAAUGUCCUGUAUGUUGGAAAGCUUUUAGCCAGAAGUCACAGCUCAUAAUACAUCAGCGAACACACACAGGAGAGAAACCCUAUGCAUGCACUGAGUGUGGCAAAGCCUUUAGAGAAAAAUCAACAUUCACUGUACACCAGAGAACUCAUACUGGAGAAAAACCCUAUAAGUGUACAGAAUGUGGGAAAGCCUUUACCCAAAAAUCAAAUCUUAUUGUACAUCAGAGAACACAUACAGGAAAGAAAGCCCAUGGGAAAGGCCACACACGGAAGUCAAAGCUCAUUGCACAUUAGAGAAUAAAUCAAUAGUGUCUGUUAUGUUCCCUGAAGGAAAGUUUUGUUAAUUGACAUUUUAAAAGUAUGUUCUGACUUCUGGUUUAAAUAUGGGGAAUAAAGUCAGCCUUUUUUUUCUUUUCAUCUCAGUCUUCACCCAAAAGCUACUGGAGAAAAAGAAGCAGAAGUAUAAUCUCUAUAUCUGACAAAAUUAAGAGAUAUCUGAAACCCUGAUGAAAAGGCUGCCACAGGCAGAGGAAAUCAAGCAGCCACUGUGGGUGCUCUCAGACGAGAGAGAAUGCUCAAGGCUGUAGAUGUGAGACAGCACUGGUAAGAACUCUUAGCUGGGGUUCAGGAAACACCCUAAGUGCAACACAUACACAAACACAACAGCAGUAACUGAGGGCAUGGAUAGGUGGGAGGUAGUAUAUUUCCUAGACCCAUUUGGGAUAUGAGGAGAAACAGGCAGGGGUCUUGACAAGGAAUUGCUCAGACAAACCAUAUAUAGCAGUAAGUAGUCUGUACUAAUUGGAGGAGCAGUUGGUGGGGGCUGGGGAAAGAGAAGGGAGUGUUCCUUGUGAAGAACCCUACAGUUGCCACUAUAUUUACUGACUCCAGAAAAGUCAAGUCUAAAGGAACUACUAAAUUGGGGGGGAAAAAUCCCAGUUGUUAAGAAAACCUCUGAUCUUUCUAGAAUGUGGCUCUGGGUUUUUUUUCCCACAUGAACCUCCAGCAGACAUCAAGUCCAGGAAAAACUCUUAUUCAAAGAGGAAUGAUUCCAAAGUAAUCAAAACCACAAAUGCAUGUGGCUUUGCCAGCAAUUUCACUUCUAGGAAUGUAUAUACUCACACAUGUACAAAACGAUGGACAGAGGUACUCACUUAAUGAAUUGUUUAUGAAAACAAAAGAUUGAAAGCUGUCCAAAUGACAACACCAGGGGUCUGUUUUCUGAAAUCCUGGUAUGUUGAUACAGCAAACUCCUAGAUAGAAAAAAAUGAAUAAAAUAUAUAAAUAGAACUUGGACACCAUGUAUGUAGUGAUGUGGGAUAAUCUCCAGCAUACAUUAUUAGGUGAAAAAAAAGCAAGGUGCAGGAUAGUGAGUACAAUGUGCUACCAUUUGUAUAUAAAAAGGAGAACAAGUGUUAAGCACAUAAUUGAGUGUAUAUGUAUAAACUAUCUCUGGAAAGAAACACAAGAAGCUGGGAACCAUAAUUACUUCUGGGAAAGAAAAGGGGAAGUGGGUGGCUGGGGGAAUGGAAGUUUUGAAAAUUGUAUUAUGUGGAUGUACUACCUUUUCAAUAAAUAAAUAAAACUGUAAAAAGCA